AUGCAGUCUAUGGCGUUUUAUCUCCUCCUCCUUCUCUCCUUAACCUCGACGACCACCUCCGCGACGACGAUCGGAGUAACCUACUCGACUCCGGCUUCAAUCUCCGGCUCCGCCUUACUCUCACCGGACAGAAUCGCCGCGAAAGUUGUUUCCAUGAAUAUUCCGGCGGUGAGGCUUCUCGAUUCAAAUCCGGCGAUGAUUCGUGCCUUCGCUUACACAAACGUAUCUCUCUUCCUCUCCGUUCCCAAUCCUUUAGUUCCUCUCCUCGCUUCGAAUCGCUCCCUCGCGAUGCGUUGGGUUUAUCGCCAUGUGCUUCCGUUUCAUCCUCGAACCAAGAUCUCGAUAAUCUCCGUCGGAAACGACGCGAUUUCAUACUCGCCGGACGUUUCUCCGUUCCUCCUCCGAGCGAUGCAGAAUAUUCAUCUAUCUCUCGCAGAUCUGAGAAUCUACAAGGUUUCUGUAUCGACUACGUUCUCUUUCUUCAACAUCGUACCCACUGCUUUUCCUCCUUCGUCGGCGCAGUUUCAAAACCCUAACGGAGAUGUGAUUAUCCGGCCGAUUCUGCAGUUCCUCGAGAGAACCAACUCGUCUUUCUUGAUUAAUCUCUUUCCCUAUAAUAUGUACAGAUCCAGCUUCUCGAUUCCGAUUGGAUUUGCUCUUUUUGAAGAAUUCCCUUUCAAUUUCAGAGACGAUCUAACCACCGGAGUUAGAUACCGGAAUCUCUUCGAUAUGAUGGUUGAUGCUGUGAUUAGCUCAAUGGCGGUUAUGGGUCAUGAGAAUCUUCCGGUGAUUGUUGCGGAAACUGGUUGGCCUAGCUCUGGAAUCGAUGCUAGUGAAGUAGAUGCGACGCUGUUGUACAGUGAGAUGUACUUGAAAGGAUUGUUGAAUCAUUUGAGAAGUGGAACUGGAACACCGUUGAGGAAAGAAGGUGUUUCAGAGGUUUAUAUCUUUGAGCUUGUUGAGAAAGAAGCUAAGCAAGGGAUUAGGAAUUGGGGGAUUUUGCAUCAUAACAUGACUGAUAAGUACAGCUUUGAGUUCUCUGAUGGUGGUGAAACCAGAAGAUUCGUUGAGGUUUUGCUUGGAUUCUCUGUGGAGGUUGUGAUGGUUCUUUAUCUGUUGAUGUAG